AUGAUUCUCAAGAACAUCUUUAGCCCCGUGACAAAGCAAUUUGUGGAACGUCGUGUACUCAAGGGCAUUCAUCCCAUGCAUUUAUUCCGCAUCAUUCAAGAUGUCGAUUCCUAUUCCAAAUUUCUACCGCUCUGUUGGCACUCUCAAGUCCUACACGUGUACGAUGGAGGGAGAAGCUUUGAUGCCACUCUUACCGUCGGUAUUCCCUGGGGGAAAGCACUCAAGGAACAGUACACUUCCCGCGUCACGGUACAACCCGAAACCAUGACCAUUCAUUCCAAGAGUAUUCAGAGUACCAUGUUUGAUUCACUCAAGAGUACUUGGAAACUCAAAGACGCUUCUGAAAAUGAUACAACAACGACAAUAAACAACCACCGAGGAUGUCAUGUCAGCUUUCAAGUGGAAAUGACCGUGGCGGAUCCCAUGAUUGUGGGAAUCCUCGAUCGAGUCCUCGAGGAAGUGGCAAUACGACAAAUAGAAGCCUUUGAAAAACGCUGUCACGAAAUACCACUGCCACCAGAACUGCAGGAUGCACAACAACAAUAG